AUGGUAAAUGUCGUCUUCAUCAUUGUCAUUCUGGUGCUACAAUUACAAAAAGAUUGCCUCCAUAUCGAAUGGCCUAUUGGACCCAAAUACAAUCACACUAUUCGACCUUGUCAUGGUGACACUAAGGAGGAGAUCUGGGUGGUGACACGACUGCAAUUGGAACCGCUUGGCUUCGUCUUUCUCAUUUUCUUCAUGAGCAUCCUCAUUAUCCAGUUCAUCGCAAUGUUGUGCCAUCGUUUUGGCACAUUGGCUCACAUUAUCGCCUCAACGGAAUUGUUCUGCUUCCGAAAAACAGUGGGAAAGCUGAGUGAAGACGAGCUGGUCGUGCAGAAUGCGGUCGAAAUCGCUCGAGAGUUACAGGCGAUUCGUGGAGUGGACGAGUCACGAGAGCUCGGCCAGAUGGGAGAACAGAUCGGACGCCGCCGAGUGGUGCAGAACUUGGAAUCAUCACGGAUCUCACUGAUGAAGCGCAAAACAGAGACACUGGAUGCUGCGUUCAAGAAAAGGUUCUUUGCCCUCUCCAGCGAGGCAGCACAAGAUGGCGCCGAAUUUUCAACGCGAGGCAGUCGACGACGUGUUACCCUCACAAAGGGAACCAUCCGGGCGCUGGAGAAUCGACGUGAUUCACUGUUUGGUACAUAUGAGAAAAAGGACCAGCCCCCAGCUGAACUCGAUCGGAACUCUCCGGGUGCUGGUAAUCGCGGUCCUGCUCAACGGCGACUCGAGCGACUUUUCAACAAUCCGUCGGAUGUUCCACCCAGUGGAGGCCGAGACACGAAGGUUCGGAGGAGCUUUUGGUAG